AUGCCAGGCAGCUCCCGUAUUCCCGCCAGCUUGCGCGAAAGCUUGCAGCACGUCAAGCGCACUAGGCAGGCCAAUCCGCUGCUUGUUCUGAACCUCGACUUGCUUCGCAACAUCAUCUUCUUCCUCUUCGUCUGGCGAUGGACACGCAAGACAUUCCUAAAGCUGAAGGGCCGCGGCUUGAUCGGCAGCAUUGUCGAAUUGUAUAUUGACAUUCGUCGUGUCCUCUAUGGCUACUUCCUGCGCGCCCCGGGCGUGCGUGGCCAGGUCCAGAAACAGGUCAACGAGACUAUGGCGAAGCUGCAGACUAAGAUGAUCCCCAAAGAUCUCACUCGAUACCUUACACUCCCGAAGGAAGGCAUGUCAGAGGAAGACGUCAAGAAGGAGCUGGAGGCAUUGGCAAACCUGGACCACACAAGAUGGGAGGACGGAUAUGUGUCUGGUGCUGUCUACCAUGGCGAGGACGAGUUGCUGAAGCUGCAGACCGAAGCCUUUGGCAAGUUUACUGUCGCCAAUCCCAUUCACCCCGAUGUCUUCCCUGGCGUGAGAAAGAUGGAGGCCGAGAUUGUGGCCAUGGUUCUCGCCAUGUUCAACGCUCCUCCCGGUGCUGCCGGUGCCACUACUAGCGGCGGCACUGAUAGCAUUCUGUCCGCCUGCUUAGGUGCACGCCAGAGAGGAUACUUCGAGAAGGGUAUCACCGAGCCUGAGAUGAUUCUGCCCGAAACCGCCCACACUGCUUUCAGAAAGGCUGGCGAUUACUUCAAGAUCAAGAUUCACUACGUCGCAUGCCCUGCGCCUAACUACCAGGUUGAUGUCCGCGCCGUCUCCCGUCUGAUUAACAGCAAUACGGUCCUGCUGGUUGGCUCCGCACCGAACUUCCCCCACGGCAUCAUCGAUGAUAUUAGUGCCCUUUCGAAGCUGGCAUUCAAGAAGAAACUGUGCCUUCAUGUUGACUGCUGCCUCGGCUCUUUUAUGGUACCCUUUCUAGACAAGGCCGGUUUCGAGACGGAAUUGUUCGAUUUCCGCUUGAAGGGCGUUACCAGCAUCAGCUGUGACACUCACAAGUAUGGUUUCGCUCCCAAGGGUAACUCUACUGUGCUUUACAGGUCAGCCGAACUCCGCAAGUACCAGUACUACGUUUCGCCGGACUGGUCCGGCGGUGUUUAUGGUUCUCCUGGUAUCGCCGGCUCCCGCCCGGGUGCUUUGAUUGCCGGGUGCUGGGCUAGCUUGAUGAAAGUUGGUGAGGCAGGAUACGUCGAAGCAUGUGUCAAGAUUGUCGGUACGGCUAAGAAGAUCGCGGAGAAGAUUCGUGAGACACCAGCUCUCGACAACGAACUCGAAAUUCUCGGCAAGCCCCUUGUUUCUGUCGUCGCUUUUACCGCCAAGAACCUCAAUGUCUAUGACAUUGCCGAUGGCAUGUCUGAGAAGGGCUGGCAUCUGAAUGCUCUGCAAAACCCUCCCGCCAUUCACGUUGCCGUCACCUUGCCCAUUACCAAGGUUUAUGAGAAACUUCUUACAGAUCUGGAGGCUGUUGUCGAAGCAGAGAAGGAGAAGGAAAGAGUACGUGCGGUUGAAGGCAAGGGUCCAAAGGGCAAGGCCAUGGGUGACUCGGCUGCUCUCUACGGAGUUGCUGGAUCCCUGCCAAACAAAAGUGUGGUUGUUGACUUAGCCAACGGCUUUUUGGAUUUGUUGUACAAAGCAUAA